CCAAGCUUCCGGACGAAAAGAUGACAUCAGGUAAACUUUCCCAGCCGUGUUUGGCCUCUUCAAGCAUGGCUGAACAUCCGAGCUUGAUUCAUUCUAAGUUUUUCCCAUGGACGUAAAGAUGUGAGCUUCGAGCAUCAACUCAAGCAUGCAGAAAUCAGCGACGGCAUCGAGCUCUCAUUCAACCUCAAAUUUGUGAAUGAUGGCGCCUUCAAGCAUUCUCUCUGCAUUUUGCUUCUUUCUCUUGGGCAACAGAAGCUUGACCAAUGCACAGUUCAACAAUUACAAUACUACAGCGAAUGGCACUUUACCAGUGUACAGCUCAGACACUGUUCCCCAGAUUACGGAGAAUUCAACAGACAACGAUCCAAAUUAUAUCGCACCAUACUUCCCACUCCUCGGAUUCAAAGAGUAUGCAGGAAAUCCAAUUCUUGCACCAAACCCAGCAAAUAAUUGGGAAUCGGCGUACCUCUACAACCCUUCAGCGAUUGUUGUCGACGGCACGAUUUGGCUGCUCUAUCGAGCCCAGAACUCCACCAGAACUUCUUCAAUCGGUCUUGCUUGGUCGAAGGAUGGGUACAAUUUCACACGCUACAACAAUCCUGUAGUGAAUGCCACCGAACCAUAUGAGCAUGUUGGCGGCUGCGAAGACCCUCGUGUCAUUCGAGUCAAUGGCACUUUCUACCUCACUUACACUGGCUACGAUCUUCACACUGCUCGUCUCUGCCUCGCGACCUCUACCGAUCUGGUCAAUUGGACGAAGUAUGGACCUAUGCUCCCGAACGUUACAGACGUUGUUUACAACUGGCAAGAACCUCUCGUGUCCUGGGUUCCUCGACAAGGUUGGUCGAAAAGCGGGGCGAUCCUGAACGAAAGACAACCAGAUGGUACUUACCACAUGCAUUUUGGGGACUCCUUUCUCUAUUUCGCAAACUCGACUGACCUGAUACACUGGAAUGUAACUUACGAUCAGCCGCCGUACACACCCAAGCUGAAUGUUUGGGAGCAAGCGCUGAUGGAGUCCGCCGCUCCGCCAGUCAAGACUCGAGAUGGGAUGUGGUUAAAGUUCUACAAUGGUGUUGCAACAGGUCUUGGAGGCUAUACUCCAAGUCAGUAUAGUACAGGUCAGAUGCUGAUUGAUCCCGUUAACAACCCGUAUGGUCCACCGAUUGCGAGGUUGGAGACACCAAUACUGCAGCCGACCAGUGUACAUGAGAUUGAGGGGCAAGUGGAUAAUGUCGUUUUCAGUGAGGGAUUGGUUCAAUUUAAAGGACAGUGGUUCUUGUAUUUUGGACAGGGUGAUGCAUUUCUGGGAGUUGCGACUGCCCCAGUCCAGCCAUAA